GCCGGCGUUUCCCCCUUCCGCUCUCUCUCCCUCGCCCCGCCCUCCCACGCGUCACGUGCUCGGUGGAGUCAGCUGAGCGGAAGGAGCGGCGCGUGCUGGUUGUGGUCCUGCUUCAUUCCCCGGAGGAGGAGAUGCAGCGAUACGACGCGGCGGGGCCCCUGAGCGGGCUCAGCCCCCCCGAGGCCAGAAAUGAAGGUUCGAUAGCCUCAACUCUAAGGACGCUUCUGUUCUUCACAGCUUUAAUGAUCAUAUUGCCAAUUGGACUAUAUUUCGCGUCAAAGGCAUAUGUAUUUGAAGGCGCCUUCGGGAUGUCCAACAGUGACAGCUAUUUUUAUGCUGCCAUAGUUGCUGUGGUUGCCGUCCACGUCGUACUUGCUCUUUUUGUCUACGUAGCGUGGAGCGAAGGCUCUCGGCAGUGGCGCGAAGGCAAGCAGGACUAAAGUCCGGGUUGUGACCUGACCCGCCAGGGAAGACGUGCAGGUGUGGAGCGAGUGCCGCCCAUUGUGUACAGUGUAAUGAUGUCGAGGUUAAGGUCUCUGAUCUUUGAAAGUCUGUGAUUGAAUAGGACAGGGUUUGGGUUCCUCUCCCCUCCCUCCCUCCGUCCCUCCCAGUGGCUUGUUUCAUGGCAGCUGUGGCCCUCGGCUUCAAAAACCUGGCAGAGUUGGGAAGAACCGAAAACAAAUCAGUGGGUAAACCAGCAGGAAUGCUCCCAAUCUUUUCUACAGAUAGCUUUCACGGGGACUUGUUGGCUGUUUCCCCACCUUCUUCUGUUCAACUGCCGAGAACCAUGUCGAAAUCCACAUCUAGAUAAUUUGUAAAGAGGAACUUGUGAAUUGAGAACUUCAGCAGUUUCCAGUAAAAGAGUCUGUCUGGCAAAUGGACGAAGCUGAUGUGAAAUCUAGGUUUUCUUCUCCCCUGUGUCUUCUGGAUGGAGGGCUCAGUCUCAAGAGCCUGGAGCUGACGCUAGGCUGCAUCUUGUGGUUAAGAGCGAUACAUGUUUGAAAGAGGCGCUUCCCCUUUUUGAUGGGGAGGUGAUGAUGUAUCGUGUGUCCCAUCCAUCAGCUUAAGUGUCCAUCAGCCUUGUGAGUUCAAUCAGUAAGUUUCUUAUGCAUUCCAGUGUGUGGUUUUUAACAUUCAAUGACUUCUCCAGCCAAGUCUAGAGUUUCCUGAAUGCUGUGAUCUUGAGUCCAAUCUCUCUUUUGCUCAUGCCCAAGAAAUACUUUUUCCUCAUCGCUGGAACACUUCGCAAUGCCUGCCUUCUCUGGUUUCUCUCAAAUCUCUCAGGAGGGGGUGAUAAACUUACCCCUGGGUCAUAAUAUAUACCGAUGUUAAUCUUUUUAAGUACUCCCCGGGGGUGUAAGGACAACGGAGCAGUGUUGCUUGUAAGAGGGAUCCCCAGAUGUUGUGGACUACAACUCCCAAGUCCCCAGUUGCAGUGGCCUCUGGCUGGGGAUUAUGGGAGUUGUAGUCCCCAACAUCUGGGAAUCCUUCCUAUAGGGAGCACUGCUUAUUUUGGAGCACCAGGGGAGAGGGGUGAGCUUCCCUAGGCUGGGGGGCUGCCAAGGCACCCCCUCGUCGCCCUCAUUUCUGUCACCACCAUGCACCUGUGGCCACAUUCCCCCCGUGCUGCUGCCUUGUUCUCUCCCUGUCGUGGAGGCUGGGCAUGCAGGGAAGGAAAACACUCACCCUCCCCAGCCUGCGACAUGUUGCUUCUUGCCAGCCAGAUGCUGGAAACAAGCACGUCUUGGGUUGAAGAGGGUGACGGGCCUGCCAGGCUUUCUUUCCCAGCAGUAGCCGUGAGGACACGGAGGCGGAGCGUGGCCAGCGCAGAUGGCAGCAACCGGAAGGAAUGCUGCCUCGCCAGCAGGGGUCUGUCCCUGUCCCACUGCCCAGCUUGAUACACCUCGGGAUCAUCCACUUCAUGCCUGCUGGGCGUCGUGUGCGAAGAUUAGUUUUAAAAGAUGCUCUGGACCUGCAUUUGACACCUGCAGUUACCUGCUCCUAGUCUCGCCGUAGUGGUAGCGAGGUUUCGUGUGGUCGCCUUGUGGAACCCGCCGGGCUCCUCCUCUGCUGCCUCCGGCCAGUUUUGCUACUUGUCAACAGAUGAGCAGCUGAUACCGCCCUUGGGGCUCUUGCCAUCACGGACAAAAUGCAUCUGUUGGGCCUGCAGCACAGAAGGCCCUGGGGCCGGAUCUGGCCCGUGGGGACUCUUUUGCUGGCCUGCAGGUGGGAAUAUCCUGCAGUCACAGCUGGAGCCACGAAUAGCUCUCGGCCUGCCCCGCAGACGAUAAGCAACAGUGGCUCAGUGCAGUUGGCUGCUUGAGACCAGAGGCCCCCCGCCUGCCCUACUGGUCUCACCCCUGGUCCACUGGCACCACCCCUUCUCCCCCUUGCCUUUCCCCCCGACUCCAACCCUCUGCCCCCUUGCUUUCAUUAAUUGUAUAGUAUCCGCCUCCACACACUCAAGUCACGACUGGUUCUGGCCCACCGGCACAUUUGUGGUGUGCACCCCGAUCUUCAUGGAUGUGAAGCCCCGGGCAGAUACGACCGAGUGGCUGAGUUGGACUUGGACAACCGGGACGUGUGAGACGACGUUUUUGCAUUUGCUAUCUGUGUCCAUUUAGCAUAGCGUUGUGAAAUCAUUGGCGGGGGGGGGAUAAGGGUGUCUGGGUGUGCUCCAGCAAGUGCUGCUGCCCCCAAACCAGGGGGCUUGCACAGGACCCCCCUCCCCCCACAAGCCCGAUUGGAAGAAGGAAGCAAGUGCAACCGACUGCGGAGUGGGACCUGCACCUGAAGAUAAUGUGAACUGCUCCUGAAGAGCUGAGUUUUCCUAAGGCCCGAUUAACUCCCAGCAUUCUGAAUCUUGAUUUAUUUUUCCAAAGGCUUAUUUCUUUUUUGUUGCCUCACUAGGGCUGAUGCAUUCCACUCACACAGUUCCUGUCGACGUGUUUGGUCUAGGCUUCCACAUCUGCAAAUAAGAAUCUCUCUUUUGUGUUAGGAUGAAGCCUUGGGGGUCUUUCCAGUCCAGUGUGGUCGUCUUGCGUUGUAGCCAGUGCUCCCUAUAACGGGAAUUCUGAGAUGUUCUUGACGAAUGGGAAGGGAUGAUGGGAAUUGUAGUCAUGAACAUCUGGGGAGCCCUGGCUAUCACACCAGUUCCAUAAAGGGUCCUUUUAAUGUGUGUGAGCCUUUUGCAAAAGAGAAAUCUAAUGCGGGGUUGGCUGCUACUGUUGGCACGCUAAAGAAUAGCCCUGCAACUCUUCCGGAUUGCAGAAUUGCAUUUUUUGUACAACACUGUGCUGGGAUUUUCUUUUUCCUCAUAUAUCGUUCCUCAUAUAGAACUUAUGGUGUGGUGAAUUCUGCCUUUUUAAUAAAGCAUCCUAUGGCACGAAUUAA